AUGGGGUUUGGUUUGGCAUAUGAAUGUAGCGGAGAAUCGCCCAUUCAUUGUGUGGCCUUCACAACUCGUGAAGUCUUGGAAGAUGAAAAACCAAGCUUGCCCUCUGACGAAACAUUGACAGUUACUCUGUUAAGCAGUGAAUGGAAGUCAUCAAAGGUUGACUUGUCGACCAUCAACAGAGAACUUGCAAUACAAUUGGCAAAAGGCCCUAAUGUGGAGGUUUAUGUCUAUCUUCCCAAAUGUAGCGAAGAAGAUAAGAAAGAUGCUCGUAGUCACAGUGUUCAGCUCAUUGAAGCAGAAGAACUUCCAGGUUAUGAGCAAAUUGAGUGGUUGAAAUCCUUACCUAAAAAUCAUCGUCCUCACUGUGUAAUUGGACAUGGACUUCACCUUGGUCGACAAAUACCACUCAUAAAGCUGCAGCAUGAUUGCAAGUGGAUUCAAGUUGUCCACACGGCUCUUGAAGAGCUUGGGAUGUACAAGGGUUAUGAAGAAGGGGAACAAAAACAUCAAGAAGAAGUUAAACUCUGCGAGCGAGCUGAUCAAGUUGUCGCUGUUGGGCCCAAGCUGGCAGAUGCCUACUCCCGUUACCUCCGUUCCAGUGGGAAAGAUCAAGAUGUUAUAAAUAUCACCCCAAGCAUUUUCCCGGAGUUUCGCAAUGUUAAACAAGCCUUUGAAGAAAGAGGGACGUUUUCUGUUCUGGUAUUUGGACGUGGUGAUGGUGAAGAUUUCAAGUUAAAGGGGUAUGACAUCGCUGUUCAAGCAGUUGCCCAACUGAAAGACUUAUCCUACCAGCUCAUGCUUGUUGGAGUACCAGAAAAAAAAGGGGAUGAGGUGGCGAAAAAGUUACUCCAGCAUGGUCUCUCCCAAAGUCAGCUAACUGUUCGCCGCUUUAAGGAAAAUAGGGAAGAACUAGCCAAAUUGUUCUGUGAGGUCGAUCUGGCAAUCAUGCCAUCGAGGACUGAGGGCUUUGGCUUGACUGCUCUAGAAGCUCUAUCUGCUGGUCUUCCUGUACUUGUGAGUGGUAACUCAGGACUUGGAGAUGCUCUGAAGAAGGUUCCUUCAGGGACCUCUUACGUAGUUGAUUCGGAAGAUCCAAAAGAAUGGGCCAAGGCUAUCAAAACCGUCCGUGAAAGAAACAGAGGGCUUCGACUUGAAGAGAGUAACCUUCUUCGUGCAAAGUAUGCAGAGACGUACAGCUGGCGGAAGCAGUGUGAUUGUCUUGUGGAAAAGAUGCUGCACCUUUCGUUUGGUCUUCUAGAUCAACCAGAGAAUGCUGGUAAAAAGGGAACAACCAGUCCAGCUUCAUUACCAGUGUCAGAAACUAGUGCUGGUGAUUUGAACUUUUACAUCAGACUUAAACGACAACAAGCUUUAUUUGCAUAUUCAUAA